AUGCCCGAUGAAAUAACGAAGACAAAGCUUAAUCUCUUCUAUGCCGCCGCGUGUUCCUUCGCCAAAAUCACACAUCUCAGUGCGCGGCAGUUUCACCAGUCAAAAUCUGGUAGAUCUCAAACCUUCUCGGGUGUUCCCCGAAGAACCAUCAUUCCUCUUGUGGUCUUUAACGCGCCUCACUGUACAUCGACGCUUCCCCAGAUUCUUAAUAAGCACGCUCCACCGCGACCAAAUCCUGGCCACCCACGGAGGCCACAUCUCUCUGCCCCACUGUCGUUUCCACUGCAUCACGAGAAGUCUAAAGCUUGGGCCUGGCCCAUUUCUCGACUUGGGCUUCUUAGCUUUUCGAGCCCAUCCUCCACUCCUACUCCUUCAAAGCCCAGGUCUUUUUCCUCCCGGUUUGGGGAGAAAACAACUUCAAUCUCAUUCUCCUUCAGGAAGAGAUCAAUUCAAUCACCAUCCCAGUUUUGGGAGAUCGAUUGUAAAAACUCAGCCUUUGGCAUUAUUAGCUCAAAGAUCAGUCCGCUCGCUUCCAUUGUCAAGAGAAAUAGGAUUCUCUUCGGUUUUUCGAACCAUGAAGAUCGAUUCCAAAUCGAUUAG